CCGAGGGGGACAUCCCUGGCCAGCGGCGCUGUUGACCCGGGGGCCAUCUUGAGGGGCAUAACCCCUGAGACUUAUAGGGCUGCCCUCGGGGCCUAUAACGAUGCGGCCCUCGAGGACCACAUUCUCCGCUCCUCCCUUUCUGCUUGUCUAGCCCUCGGUGAACAUGCCCGGAGGCUUCAAGAAUGGCGCCUCCAUAAAGCAGAGCAGGACGCCAAGAUGAAGGAAUGCAUCCUCAAAAAUAAGGAGGCGGUGAAGCUGGGGGCCAGGCUGGAAGAGGAGCUUCGGCAAAUGGAGCUGAGAUUGGAGGCUGCAGAGAAGGGCAAGGCCGAUGCUGAGGCCGCUGCUGAGGAGGCCAGGAGAGCUGCCAAAGAGGCCGAGGACUCCAAGGCGCUAGCCGUCGCCAAGGCUCGGG